AUGUUAAGGUUGUUAGAUACGAACAAGCGCGACUACCAGCGUCAUCCGGUGUUGGUGUACAUCCAUGGUGAAUCCUACGAGUGGAACAGCGGUAACCCUUACGACGGGUCGGUGCUGGCCGCCUACGGUCGCGUUGUCGUCGUAACUGUCAACUUCCGGCUGGGUGUCCUCGGUUUCCUCAACACUAACGAGAACCCGUACCUACGGUCCAUCACCAACUACGGCCUGAUGGACCAGAUAGCGGCGCUACACUGGCUCAAAGAGAACAUAGCGGAGUUCGGAGGUGACGCUGACAACGUCACGAUAUUCGGUCAUGGAACAGGUGCCGCCUGUAUUAAUUUUCUCAUGACUUCAAAAGCGGUGCCAAAAAUGUAUGAUCGUGUGUUGACGCGACCUCGUGUAUGUUCGCAGCAGCGGCUCGGCUGUGUACAUGGGGAGGAACUACCCUAUGUGUGGGGAGCCCCACUCGUCGACACCCUGUCCUAUUUCCCCAUCAAUUACACCCAACCUGAGGUCAAGCUGGCAGAAGCCAUGUUGACCUACUGGACCAACUUCGCCAGGACUGGCAACCCCAACGAGCCUACCAACCAGUCCUCAGAUAGAGUUUCGGAGAAGAACCGGUUCAGAACCUUGGAGUGGCCGCCAUACGACGGCAUGCAUCGCAAGUACAUUGAUAUAGACCUGAAGCCUCGCGUGAAGGAUCACUAUCGGUCGCACCAGCUGAGUUUUUGGUUGCAGCUGAUCCCACAGCUGCACCUGGCCGGCAAGGAUGCACCUGAGGCGCACCAUCACCUGGAGAACCAUAACGACUGGAACUCCUACCGUGGCUACGUCAGGUCCGAGCCAGUUACCAGGUACCGGGGCCCCCUGGGGCGUGGGGCUGGGGAGGAGUGUCAGUGAUGGAUGUUGUGGAGAUGGGUGUGGAGUGUUAGUGAUGGAUGUUGUGGAGAUGGGUGUGGAGUGUUAGUGAUGGAUGAUGUAAGGAAGAUAUUCAUAAUGUAUAACCAAUGUCACACAGGUGUUCUGUCGCAGCCAUACUGUGUGUGGCUAGUCUUGCACACCCACGCUACUGUUUGGUCUCACACCCACACUACUGUUUGGUCUCACACCCACGCUAUUGUUUGGUCUCACACCCACACUACUGUUUGGUCUCACACCCACGCUAUUGUUUGGUCUCACACCCACACUACUGUUUGGUCUCACACCCACGAUAUUGUUUGGUCUCACCCACGCUAUUGUUUGGUUUCUUACACACCAGUACUAUUGCUUGGUUUCUUUCAUCCACUCUACUAUCUGGUUUUCUUAUUGUCUUUAUUUAAAGAUUACAGUGCUGGUGCCCAUCGUUCCAUAUUUCAAGAGUAUAUAACUGCCUUCUUUAUUUCUUCCCAUUCUCCUCCCAUUUCUUUGUUUCGACAGAAGAAAAUAUGAAUUGUAUACAUAGCCGUGCACUUCACAAAAGAAAAAACAGUAAAUUACU